AUGAAGCUUAGCAGUCUGAUUGUCGCCGCUGCGGCAGGCUCCGCGGUGGCUGCUCCCGCUGCGAAGGAGCACAAGAAGAGAGCUUCGGCGUUUGAAUGGAUUGGAACGAAUGAAGCCGGUGGAGAGUUCGGUGAAGAUACGAUCCCCGGAGAAUGGGGAACUGAGUUCACCUUCCCCGAAAUCGACGCCAUCACUACCCUAAUCGACAAGGGAAUGAACAUCUUUCGACUCCAGUUCAUGAUGGAGCGGUUGACUCCGGAUGGUAUGACGGGGUCGUAUAACGAGGCGUACUUGAAGAACUUCACGACGGUGGUCAAUGCCGUCACCGACGCCGGGGUCCACGCUAUCCUAGACCCUCACAACUAUGGUCGAUUCAACGGCGAGAUCAUCACCGAGGCCUCGGACUUCCAGACAUUCUGGGAGAACCUGGCCGGCGAAUUCAAGGACAACGAGCUGGUGAUCUUCGAUACCAACAACGAAUACCACGACAUGGACCAAGACCUGGUCCUGGACCUCAACCAAGCCGCCAUCGACGGCAUCCGCGCCGCAGGAGCCAAGUCGCAAUACAUCUUCGUCGAGGGCAACUCAUGGUCCGGCGCAUGGACCUGGCGCGACGUCAACGACAACCUGAAGGCGCUGACCGACCCGCAAGACAAGAUCGUCUACCAGAUGCACCAGUACCUGGACUCGGACGGCUCCGGGACCUCGGAGACCUGCGUGUCCACCACGAUUGGCAGCGAGCGCGUCAGCGACGCGACAGCCUGGCUGAAGGAGAACAACAAGGUCGGUAUCCUUGGCGAGUUCGCGGGUGGCGUGAACGACCAGUGUCGCGAGGCGCUGGAGGGCUUGCUCGAGCAUCUGGCGGACAACACGGAGGUGUGGAAGGGUGCGGUCUGGUGGGCGGCUGGCCCCUGGUGGGGUGAUUACAUGUUUAACAUGGAGCCGCCGAAUGGAGCGGCGUACACGGGGAUGCUGGAUUUGUUGGAGCCGUAUUUGGGAUAG